AUGUCGGCGGCGAGGGAGAAGAAGCGGGCCAGGAAGAUGAGGAACCAGCCGGCCAGCGUGACGCUGCCCGCCGAGCCCGGGCCCUGCGCGCCCGCGGGCCCCGCGGCCUGCCCGCCGCCAGGAGAUGGUCGUUCCGAAGGUCUGUCACAGUAUCAGCAACAGAAAUUUUCGCAUCAGUCACCUGGGACUUCUUACAGGAAAGACCAGUAUUUUCCAAAAGGGCAGAAUAGAGGAGGGAGAGGCAGAGGAAGAGGAGGAUGCCAGAGUGCUGCUGAUGAAAUGCCUAAAUACAUUACAGCAUCUACCUUUGCUCAAGCCCGUGCUGCUGAGAUCAGUGCCAUGUUGAAGGCAGUGACGCAGAAGUCCUCGAACUCGCUGGUUUUUCAGACGCUACCGAGGCACAUGCGAAGGCGAGCGAUGAGUUACAACGUCAAGCGCCUACCCCGGCGCCUCCAAGACAUUGCCAGGAAGGAGGCAGAGAAAUCGGUGCAUCAGAAGAAAGAACAAUCCAAAACGAAAUGUCGCAAAGCCAGAAGGCGCCACAUCAACCUGGUAGCAGAGUUUAAUCGCAGGCAAAGAAAGAAUAUAUGGCUGGAAACACAUAUCUGGCAUGCAAAGAGAUUUCAUAUGAUUAAGAAAUGGGGCUACUGUUUAGCAGAUAGACCUACAGAGAAGAGCUACAGGGCUUGUUACCGAGCCAUGACAAAGCACUGUCUUCUUCAGGAUUUAUCAUAUUAUUGUUGUCUGGAGCUGAAGGGUAAAGAGAAUGAGCUUCUGAAGCAGCUUGCUCGAAUAUGCAGUCCUGACACAGGGUUAACAUUUGACACGGACUUUUGCCUGUCUGGAAGAUUCGAGGGUUCCCUGGACCUUUACCGGGCAGAUCGUUAUCCUGAGGAUUUGCUUGGUCCUGUUACAUUUAUUUGGAAACCCAGGGAUGAAUCUGAAAACAGACAAUUAUGGAUCUGGAUGCAUCCAGCUGUCAAACAGGAUAUCCUGAGUGAGUUAAAGGAAAUUUUUCAGUGUUCAGAGCCUGAAGAAAUCUGCAUUCCUGAACCAAGUAGAACAUUAAUUGAAGAGGAAAAGAAAACAGAUACUGCUGUGAGUYUUGGCAAGAAAAGGAAGAAGAAAGAUAAAGAUGGAGAAAAAGAUGUGCCAGUGAAAAAAAUAAUUGGUGAUGGAACUAGAGAUCCACUGCAGCCCUACGCCUGGGCCUCGCCAGCUACUGGUGUUGUCAUCAGAGAUCAAACUAUGGAGAUUCUCAGAUACCGGCUCAUUGGCCCGUUAUCACACUCGGUCCUUACGGAGACCCUGAAAGCUGCUGCUCUUCAAACAGAGAUGGCGGAUUCAGAGACAGAGCUUAAUAAUUGGUGGGUAGAAAACUGCAAGGACCCUGAAAAAGUAUCUCUUCAUCAACGUCAAACUGCUAUCUUUGAGCUAUUAGAAGGGAUAAGUUCACCUGCAGAAAUGCUAGCAGGUACCAUACUGGGCCUGACUGUUGGAGAUCCUCGUGUCAACUUGCCAAAGAAGAAAACAAAAGCCAUGCCUGACCCUGAAAAAUACAAAGAAUAUGAUAAAGUUAGAACAUUGACCUUUGAAGGUAUACCUGUAGAAUGUGCUCACAGCUUUAUUUGGGACCAGGACAUCUGUAAGAACGUCACUGAAAAUAAAAUCUCAGAGCAGGAUUUAAACCGAAUGAGAAGUCAGUUAUUGGUACCCGGAUCACAACUUGAUUUGGGUCCUUGUGAGUCCAAGAUUCCUGUACUGUUGGUGCAGCACCCAGGGAAAAUGGCUGGAGAAGAUCGACCAGGAUGGGGGAGCGGCUGGGACAUCUAUAUCCCAAAGGGCUGGGGCAUGGCUUUCUGGAUUCCAUUUAUCUAUCGAGGUGUACGGGUCGGUGGCUUGCAGGAGGGUUUAAAACACUCUGAAUAUAAAAGAACCCCUCAUACUCCAAAUGACUAUCCAGACUGCCCUGCGGGAAUGCAGUUUGCCAAAGAACUGGAAAACAGUCUUCUUGAAAAAUUCAAAAGACGUCCACCUGCAAAAAGGUCAAAUUAUGUCAAGUUGGGCACACUGUCCCCCUUCCUCUGUCCUUGGGGGCAGCUGACAAAGAACUGGGAAGAAAGAAUGAAAGCUUCAGGGGAAUUCGUAUGUCCUUCCUUGCCACACACCGAGAGCUGUUCAACUGAAGGGCAAGGCCUGUGUGACCCCAAGCCAGAAGUGGUUAAAGAAGCUUCAUCUGAGGCUGGCAACAUGGAGGAGGCCAUGGAAAUAAGCUCUGAAGGUGUCAUAAUGACAGAGGGUGUUGCAGGCACCCAAGACUUUGGUGAGAGAGAUGAAACCAUGAAAAAGAGCAUGUUUAUUGUUCUCAGAAAUGAGAAAUUACUAAUGCAGUUAUCAGCCUGGUGCUAUCCCACUUCUGGAAAGGAUCGUCGAGUCCGCCUCGUUUCUAGGCUGGGGCAGAAGGAAAUGACUGAAAGUGCCGUUUUGCCAAUCUUGAUGAGCUACCCGAGGGCUCUGGUUUGGGUCAACUUGUCUCUCUUGAGAAAGGGGAACCCUGAAUUACACUCUAUGAUUUGCAUCCCAACAGAGGAAGAUGUGCUGCAUCUAAGCAAAGACCAGCUCUUCUGUGGUCCUCAAGAACCCAAACAUUGUGACAUAUUCAAGAACAAGAUACAGAAACUAAAAAAGCAGAAGAAGAAGGCAGGUCAUGUGAAGGAUGCAGAAAGUGACCCUCCCAGUGCUUCAGAUAAAGAAAUAACUGAGGAACAUAAAGAUCUAAUUCUUGGUUUAUGGUCAGACUCUCUCCCAGAUGUUACUUCCCACUGCUCCAGAACUCUCCUCGGAUAUGUCACUCGAGGGGAUUUUUCACUGGCCGUGGGCUAUGGAGAAGCACUGGGUUUUGUUAGUGUGACAGGAUUGCUUCAUAUGUUACACAACCAGCCCACAGAUAAGAAAGGGCUCGUUUUGUUAAGAACUCCUGGAUCUCUGCAGUACAGAUUUGCGCGACUUACGAUUGAGGUAUAAGWAUCAGUGCAAUGUGGUAGAAUGCCAGAAAAUACCAAAGAAAGUCUUUGUUUUCUGUCUUCAGCAGCCCUUCUGAUGUGUCCCAAAGUUGAGGAGGUGAUUCUGUGCUCCAGCGAAGUCUUGAGGCAUAUUAAAUAAUUGGGAAGAUUUAUUCAUGAAAAUAAUGAAUAAACAGGCAUAGUGUUACUUCUGAUGUCUUCAGUGCUAAGGAUUUCUAACAGUAACAGGUCCAUUAUGAUUUUGUUUCCAUCUGAGAGACAUUACCCUUUUAUCUCAGAGCAYUGCAUGCUCCAGCAAUACUUAAACAGAAGAAUCAUGCUUUUCSCUUUAGGAAUCUUUUAGUCAGAUGACAAGUGGAUUGUACCCUACCAGGUCACUGUUUACCUGCAAGUGCAUGUGACUCGGGCCURUAUAUAUAGCAAAUAUCUCUUACCUGCUCCUUGUGUCUGAGUAUAUACUUUGGAAUAGAGAGACGUAGACAAACCUAGUGUAGAAAGCAGAAGGUACUUAUUUUGGUGGAAAAGUUCUGUGCCUAAAGAAAACACAAAUAAAAGGUAGUCUGGCUGCAGAAUACUGCCCUGGAGCAACCAAAGCUCUAAGUUGGAAGGCGUAUCUGUUUCCCUCUCUAUUCUGAGAGAGAAGAAUUUGUUUUUUCAAGG